CAGCCGGAAGUAGUCUCAGUAGGAGGACGAGGCUAAUUAGUAUAUUCGGCUAUUGUAGUCCACUAUUACACAGAGAUUUAGAGUGUUUUUGUUUUCUGUUUUCUCAUUGCAAUAUUGGAAGGUCUUUGUUGGGAUAAGCUUUGGGAUGUCUGACGGAUGAAGGAGUCACACCCCAUUUCUUGACUUAGGCGUAUGAAUAUACCCGACACUGACAGCCAUGAGCGACAGUGCAACAACGAGCAGCAAGCGUCGUUGCUCAGGGUCCGCAGAGACGCCGCGUCUUUCUCAGGGACCCUACAUCUCAGUCAUCUCCAACAGGACCACCAAUCUGUUCAUUCGAGGGACCAUGCUCUUCUCUGUGGGCAUCUUCCUGGCCCUUGUGCUGAAUUUACUUCAGGUGCAGAGAAACGUCACCCUCUUUCCCCCUGGUGUCAUCAGUAGCAUCUUCUCCUCGGCCUGGUGGGUGCCCCCCUGCUGUGGCAUGGCCUCAGCGGUGAUCGGGCUGUUGUACCCCUGCAUCGACAGAUGUCUAGGUGAACCACACAAGUUCAAGCGGGAAUGGUCCAGUGUCAUGCGCUGCGUGGCUGUGUUUGUGGGCAUCAAUCACGCCAGUGCUAAACUAGACUUUGCCAACAACGUGCAGUUGUCUCUGACUUUGGCGGCGCUCUCUAUUGGUCUGUGGUGGACGUUUGACCGCUCCUGCAGCGGCUUCGGCCUGGGAGUGGGUAUCGCUCUGCUGGCAACGCUGGCCACACAGCUCCUGGUUUACAAUGGAGUCUUCCAGUAUACUUCUCCAGACUUCCUGUACAUUCGCUCCUGGUUACCGUGCAUCUUCUUUGCGGGGGUUAUAACGGUGGGAAACAUAGGACGCCAGCUAGCCUUGUACGAAUACAAAUUCCUCCAAGAGAAGACCCACCAGGACUGAGGGCUUUCUUGGCUCCGUCAGACGUCUGCUCAAAAUGACUUUGUCCUUUCACCAACCUGAAGAUGGGGUCAAUGAUCAGGGCCGGCUGACUCUGGAAGUGCCAGCGAGCUCAUGUCAAAUGAGCCCCGAGCCCCUGAUUGGCUGCUUCCCACAGAACAAGACAGUACUUUUGAUUGGGUCAUGUCAGACGUUGCAGAGAUCAUAGCAGUCACCGACUACGUUCUAAUCUCUGCUAAGGUAAAUGGUAGGAGUUGGUUGUCUUAUUUUUUUUCUCUUUCCAUUGUUGCAGUUUAUCUUUAUUACCUGGGAAGGGAUUGGAAACACAGUAGCUCUUCAGAUCUGUUCACACAUUUAAAACCUUGGCUCCACUGUGCCAAACUCAGUCACACAGGAUCAGUUUUUAAAUCUUAUCUCCUGAUGCUUUCAUAUCACUGGAGAACACACUUUCUAGUUGUCGUUGUUUCUAGAGAUAUGUGCGUCUACCAUAUGUACCUUUUUAUUCUAUGUAAUGAGCUUAUAUUUUUUUUCAAAUUUUCUUGAUAAAUGAAUAAUGCUUGAUACUGCAAGUGUCUCCUCAGGCUGUGAGGACACAGGUUGUUCAGUAUUCACACGCAGCACCAGAACUGAUAUGGCUAGAAGUGAACGAUGUGUUUGUUGAGGAAAAAAACGAAUGACAAUCUCAUUCAAACAUGAACAGUAGUAUCUGUUUUAAACAUUUUUAAUUCUGUCUUCACUUCAGGGAGCAAUAUUUAGAUAAACUUUUCAGUUGCUUUUCAAAAAUGAGCACACACGGUGUUGGCGUUUCCCCCUAAGAGAAUCACUUUCAUGAGUUAUUGGAUAGAACUUGAAUGGUGUUACUUACCUCUGCGGAAUUAAAUGUUCAUCUUGGAUGUAUGUCAGGAUUGUAUGUGUGAUUGUAUUAACUGUUACAGGCAGCACAAUAGUGCAAAACUGGUAAACUGGUUUGUUAGUUCCGGGCGGUUUAUGUCACGUUUUCACUGAUGGUGCUAUGAGUGCGAGGUAUUGCCAUGAGUCAGGAAAUAAAAGCUUUGUAUCCUGGACUUAUUCUCAUGCACAUGGAAUCUGUAUCUUUAUUCAAGUUCUGGUUUGAAAUUCAAGUACAUUUUUCUUUAUUGGGCAACAAAAAACCCCAAUAGAGUGUUUUUUGCAAUGUUUAAGUCUAUGAAUCUCGAUAUUUGCUGCAUUUAAGCAGCACGUUUGUUCUGUGGUUACAUUCACAUUCCUCCUGGUAGCAAAUAAACACAAAGGAGGCAAGUCUGA